AUGGGAAAGUCAAUAGAGUUAGCAAAGAUUCUCCAUAAGAGGAAGAUUAACAUAGCUUGUGUCCGGGAGACUAGAUGGGUGGGGAACAGGGCUCGGGAGGCUGAUGGGUUUAAGUUGUGGUAUUCAGGGAGGGUGAGAGGGAAGAACGGGGUAGGCAUUUUAAAAGACAAUUCUGGGAGGAUUUGGAUGGGGAGGUCGCCUGGGGGUUAUGCCGGUGUGCAUGGUGGCUUCGAUUUUGGAGAUAGAAACGGAGGAGGUACUUCGCUGCUGGAGUACACUAAAGCUUUUGAGCUAGUGAUUGCUAACUCGUGUUUCCCGAAGAAGGCGGAGCACCUGAUAACUUUUCGAAGUACGGUGGCCAAGACCCAGAUUGACUAUCUGCUUCUCCGGAAAUGUGAUAGAGGUCUAUGCACGGAUUGCAAGGUCAUCCCGAGUGAGAACCUUUUACGACCCAGCAUAUGCUUUUGA